UGGGAAGAAUAAAAAAAAGGGGGGGACAGGAAGAAGAGGAAGAGGAGGAAGAAGCAUCAUCAUCGGGACACACAGACGGACGGACGGACUGUGCGCGGAUCACGGAGCCUCUGCCGCCGCCUCUGAGCUGCUGCAGCCGGACACACACCCGGAGUCAUGGCCGCCGAAGAAAACCCAUCCACGGCCUGCACGGGCUCCAGCCUGCUGAAGCCCGUCAGCGACAUCACCAACCUGCCGCUGGACCAGGUCAACUUUGUGGUGUGUCAGCUCUGCGCUCUGCUGUCGGCCUUCUGGUUCCGUCUCUUCCUCCAUCCCAGUAAAACCAGUCCCUUCAUCAGACAUGUGGUGGCCACGUUACUGGGACUCUACUUUGCUCUGUUCUGCUUCGGCUGGUACGCGCUUCACUUUCUGCUUCAGAGUGGACUCACCUACGGCAUCAUGAUCCUGACCGGGGUCGAACACAUGCACAAAUACUGUCUGGUGGUGGCGCUCAGCUACCUGAGUCUGUGUCAGAUCACCCGCGUCUACGUGUUCGACUACGGCAUGUACACGGCCGACUUCACUGGACCCAUGAUGGUCAUAACACAGAAAAUCACCAGCAUGGCCUUUGAAAUCCAUGAUGGAAUGGCACGAAAAGAAGAACAUCUGACUCCUGGACAGAAGAUUUUGGCCAUACGGAGAAUGCCCAGUCUGCUCGAGUACUUCAGCUACAACUGCAACUUCAUGGGGAUCCUGGCUGGACCGACAUGUUCCUACAAUGACUACAUCGCCUUCAUCGAGGGAGACCCCCGACGCCACAGAGACCAGGAGGCUGACAGGAAGAUCCAGAGCAAGCUGAAGCAGAGCGAGCCCUCUCCAAAUACGGAGGUCAUCCGUAAAGUGGCCACCUCCUUCUUCUGCCUCCUGGUCUUUCUGUCCGUGUGUAAAGUUUUCCCAGUGGAGCGGAACAUCGAUGAUGACUUCAUCGCCAACACCCCAUUUUAUGCUCAAGUGGUUUACCUGUACCUGUCCAUGCUGACCACCAGACCCAAGUACUACUUUGUGUGGACGCUCGCUGAUGCUAUCAACAACGCUGCUGGCUUUGGCUUUAACGGCUACGAUGCUGACGGUUCUCCUCGCUGGGAUCUCAUCUCCAACUUGAGGAUCCUUAACAUCGAGUUAGCCACAAGUUUCAAGGUUUUCCUGGACAACUGGAACAUUCAGACAGCACACUGGCUCAAAAGGGUAUGUUAUGAACGUUGUCCCUACCACCCGACAGCAGCCACCUUCAUCCUGUCAGCCAUGUGGCACGGAGCGUACCCAGGCUACUACUUGACUUUUCUCACGGGCAUCGUGGUGACCCUGGCUGCCAGAGCGGUCAGGCACAACGUCCGGCCACACUUCCUGCAGUCACCCAGUUACAAACUGGUGUAUGAUGUCAUCACGUGGGCGGCCACUCAGAUAGCCAUCUGCUACACGGUGGUGCCUUUUGUCCUGCUGUCCGUCGGACCGUCAAUGAAGUUUUACAGGUCCUGGUACUUCAACCUCCACAUUGGCUGCAUCCUGCUGGCUGUGGCUCUGCCGGUCAAACCCAGGCAUCUGCGCCUGAAGGAGCAGCAGAAGAACCUCCUGCAGGGGCCGGUCCAGCAGCCUGUGGAGGCUACAAACACUGGUUUCAGCCAAAAGGAAAAAGCCACAUGAGAGGAUGAAAGGGUUUACAUCACCACAUUUCCAUUCACUUGUACAGAAAGACGAGGAGGUGAAGCAGCUCAAACGGACAUUCCUCCUGUCUGUGGUACACAAACUUGACGGCUGAGUUAAAUUGCUGUAUUAUUUGAUACAAAGCUGGCCUGAAUUUGCAAGGUCUGACUUGUACUUGAUGAUGCGUUUUCUCUUUUGGACUCCGAAAAUUGAUGGACGUGAAUAUUUAUUUGAGUCAUGAGGCAGGUUCAGACCAGUGAUGUAGGAUAAAUAUAAAUCAGUAUAUAUCCUGUAACUGUUUAUAGAAAAAAAUCAACUGCCCUGAACUGUCUUGGCCACGUGUAGUGUUAAAAAUGACUCAAUUUUCUUUGUGGUCACAAAUAUGCUGAGUCCAUUUGCAGGAAGGCGUUGAAGAGUUAAUAGAGAAAACAGCUGAUGGAAGGAAAGUCUGUUGGUGGUGGUGCUGGCUAAAGAACAGAACAUUUUCUCUUCCACAGUCCUCUGACUUUUCAUUGUCUUAUGACCUAUCAGCCCAUACACAUCACAGUAUUCCUAGAAAUGGGUUUUGAGUAAAGUGCCAAUGAUCAUUUCACUCAGUCGCCUUAGUUGUUUUGUUUUGUAACAUAAAAAGACAAACUUAACGUAUGAGAGUCGAGCUUGGUGAAGAUUUGCAUUGUAGUUGUCUGUUUUUGUUCAGUAGAGUCAUGUGGCACCACUUUCUGAAGGAUUUGUGCACAUUAGAUCUAGUCGUAACGUCGAGGGAAGCUCUCAAUCAUUAGGCUGAUGUCUCCAAUGAACUGCUUCUAGGUGAUAGUCAGAGAUGAACCGUGAAAAAACGGCUUUACACUGAUCUGUCCUAGUUGUCAGAAAAGAUGGCCAAAGUCUCUUAGACGGAUAAAAAGCAGUUGAGCUGUAUAAAGUAUUUCUACUGCCUUAUCAGAAAGUUGCACCAUGUAGUUGGAACUCAAAGAAUGAAUUAAAAGUUUCACAAAAUGAGCUGAAACUAAAAUACUUCAUCAUCCAAUACAUCCAUCCUCCGUACAAGCUGUCUAGUUUAGUUUAGUUUAGUCAGGUUGACUUUUGGCUUUCUAUUGAAAUCAUCAAGAAGGCAAAAAAAUUGUUUAGUUAGUGAACAUCUCAGUGUUGUAGCUAAGCCGGCCUUAAUUUUUAGCCAACUGGAUUAAAGUUACGUCUGACAGCUAGUUUGGUCCAAGAAUUUAGACAUGAAUCAAUUCAAAUAACCAGUUAGCACAUUAACAAUUAUUGAUAUUCUGUCAUUUUUUUAACCAAAAUUGUGAAAAAUGCCAAAUAUUUAAUUGCUGUUUUGGGUUUUGACUGUUGGUCAACAUUUAGAUUGUUUAGGUUUUUAUUAACAGCUAAAUUUGAAACAUGUUUCAAAUUAAUCAAAAUGAUAGCUAGCCCUCUGAGACUUCAAACAGGGGUAUUUGUUCUUUUUGGUUCUUUCUUUCUGUUUUCUGUUGUGGCAGUCGGAGCACUAACAGUGGAUGCUAACAAAGAGCAGGCUAGCUUAAGUAACUCGUCCUUGUAGCAGAUUUCCAACCAUUUUUGCAUUAGCUGCGACUUUGUUUUAUGUUUAUUGUUUGAUUAGCACUAACAUGUUCUGUCACACAGAAGACUUGUGAGUGUGAGAUAAUUGUUUGAGAGAGAUCAGAUAUUUCCACCACUGUGUCAUAACCAGGACAUCAAACUUCAUUUCUUUUGUUUUCGUGUCUUCACCCUUGUCCUGUUGGUUUGUUCCUUGUAUUUCUACUGAGCUGGUUGAGGGACAUGCGUGAACAGAGGCUAUGGCAACUAAGACGACGCCACGGUUCUGACACCGGACCAGCCAACUGUCUGUAGGAUAGAUGUGGACAAUAUGUUUGCUUUUUGUAAAUGAUGUGAUUAAACCUUGGAUUUUUUGAACCUUGA